AAAAAAAAAGCAAUUGUUAAAGCCUUACAUAUCUUUAUCUUUUUACUCAAAUAUUGUUUUUUUACCGGCGGUAGGUGAGUCUGGUAGGCUCUUCUCCUCCUUAUAAAGCCGCACUAGCAGCUAUUCCAAUACAAAACACAAACUUCAAACUUCCUCUCUUUGUCUAUACUUGAUCUCUUCCAAUCCCACCAACCAAAACGGCAAAACAAAAAACAUUCCCCAAAAACCAAGCUAAGUAUUAAGAUGCCUGCCGAUAGUUCUUCAGUUUCAGGCCAUGGCCAAACUGUUUGUGUCACCGGAGCAGGAGGGUUCAUUGCUUCCUGGAUUGUCAAACUAUUGCUAGAAAGAGGCUACACUGUUAGGGGAACCUUGAGAAACCCAGAUGACCCAAAGAACGCUCAUUUGAGGGAGCUUGAAGGAGCUCGAGAGAGGUUAAGUUUGCGUAAAGCUGAUCUUCUUGACUAUGAGAGCCUCAAAGAAGCCAUCAACGGCUGUGAUGGCGUUUUUCACACGGCAUCACCGGUUACGGAUGACCCAGAACAAAUGGUGGAGCCGGCGGUGAAUGGAACAAAGAAUGUGAUUGUUGCGGCAGCAGAAGCAAAGGUCAAAAGGGUGGUGUUCACGUCGUCAAUUGGUGCGGUGUACAUGGACCCCACCAGGGGCCCUGAUGUGGUGGUCGAUGAGUCUUGUUGGAGUGAUCUUGAAUUCUGCAAGAACACCAAGAACUGGUACUGUUAUGGGAAAGCAGUGGCAGAGCAGGCAGCAUGGGAAGAGGCCAAAGCGAAAGGGGUGGAUUUGGUGGUGGUGAACCCAGUUUUGGUGCUUGGACCACUUCUGCAACCAACCAUCAACGCCAGCAUCAUCCACGUCCUCAAGUACCUCACAGGCUCAGCCAAGACUUAUGCCAAUUCUGUGCAGGCCUAUGUGCAUGUUAGAGACGUGGCUCUGGCCCACAUUCUGGUGUAUGAAACUCCAUCUGCCUCUGGAAGGUACCUUUGUGCUGAGAGUGUGCUUCAUCGUGGAGAUGUGGUGGAAAUCCUAGCCAAGUUCUUCCCAGAGUACCCAAUUCCCACCAAGUGCUCAGAUGAAGUCAAACCCAGAGUAAAACCAUACAAGUUCUCGAACCAGAAGCUACAAGACUUGGGCUUGGAGUUCACGCCAGUGAAGCAGUGCCUAUAUGACACUGUCAAGAGCUUGCAGGAGAAGGGCCACCUUGCAGUGCCUAAACCACAAGAAGAUUCCAUUAAAAUUCAAUCUUAAAUUAAUCGUGUUUUGGGUGCUGCCGGCUGAAAACUAUUGCAUGGUAAUUAUAGCAAUUAAGAAGAAUCAAAAUUUGGAAGCCCUUAACUGUUUAUCCAAUUAUUUUGGUGCUAAAAUGAAUGUAUUUUAAUAUUAAAUGGAAGGUUUUCUGGGAGGAGUUAUUUGCA